ACGCGAAGGCCCAUCGUGAAAGGCUAAUGGCGGACGCCGGCGGGUUGGCAGUGGUGGUGGCUUAGGCCUUGAAGGGAUUCAGCAUCCGUCGGGUAUCGAAGCCAUCCUUCUUGCAGCAGGGUAAAGAAGUGGCCUCACAGCUUCUCUGUAGCGGAGGAAGUGGAGAGCGGUCACAGGGGAGAGCUGCCCGGCACCUUGGCGGGAGCCGCAGAAGCAGUUUUAGGCCCGAGUGGUUCGCCUGCUUUGACUUGGAACUGUUGCCAUAACCAAGACGUGACUGAGUGUCACAGCUUUGCUUGUCACCAUGUUUCUGUACAACUUGACCUUACAGCGGGCCACUGGCAUCAGCUUUGCCAUCCAUGGCAACUUCUCUGGAACCAAGCAACAGGAAAUUGUCGUUUCCCGUGGGAAGAUUUUGGAGUUACUUCGCCCAGAUCCUAACACUGGCAAAGUGCAUACCCUUCUCACUGUUGAAGUUUUUGGUGUUAUCCGGUCACUUAUGGCAUUUAGGCUAACAGGUGGCACCAAAGACUACAUUGUAGUUGGCAGUGACUCAGGCCGAAUUGUUAUCUUGGAAUACCAGCCAUCAAAGAAUAUGUUUGAGAAAAUUCACCAAGAAACUUUUGGCAAAAGUGGAUGUCGCCGUAUUGUUCCUGGCCAGUUCUUAGCCGUGGAUCCCAAAGGAAGAGCUGUUAUGAUUAGUGCGAUUGAGAAGCAGAAAUUGGUGUAUAUCUUGAACAGAGACGCUGCAGCCCGACUUACCAUUUCAUCUCCCCUGGAGGCCCACAAAGCAAACACUCUAGUGUACCAUGUGGUUGGAGUAGAUGUGGGAUUUGAAAAUCCUAUGUUUGCUUGUCUGGAAAUGGAUUAUGAGGAAGCAGACAAUGAUCCAACAGGGGAAGCAGCAGCCAAUACCCAGCAGACACUUACUUUCUAUGAAUUGGACCUUGGUUUAAAUCACGUGGUUCGGAAAUACAGUGAACCCUUGGAGGAACAUGGCAACUUCCUUAUUACAGUUCCUGGAGGAUCAGAUGGUCCAAGUGGAGUGCUGAUCUGCUCUGAGAAUUAUAUCACCUACAAGAACUUUGGUGACCAGCCAGACAUCCGAUGUCCAAUUCCCAGGAGAAGGAAUGACCUGGAUGACCCUGAAAGAGGAAUGAUUUUUGUUUGCUCUGCCACCCAUAAGACCAAGUCCAUGUUCUUCUUUUUGGCCCAAACGGAGCAGGGAGAUAUCUUUAAGAUCACUUUGGAGACAGAUGAAGAUAUGGUAACCGAGAUCCGCCUCAAGUAUUUUGAUACUGUUCCUGUUGCUGCUGCUAUGUGUGUGCUUAAAACAGGCUUCCUUUUUGUGGCAUCAGAAUUUGGAAAUCAUUACUUGUAUCAAAUUGCCCAUCUUGGAGAUGAUGACGAAGAGCCUGAGUUUUCAUCUGCCAUGCCUUUAGAAGAAGGAGACACAUUCUUCUUUCAGCCGAGACCACUCAAAAAUCUCGUGCUGGUGGAUGAACUGGACAGCCUCUCUCCUAUUCUGUUUUGCCAGAUAGCUGAUUUGGCCAAUGAAGACACUCCACAGCUGUAUGUAGCCUGUGGUAGGGGACCCCGGUCGUCUCUGAGAGUCUUAAGACAUGGACUUGAGGUGUCGGAAAUGGCUGUUUCUGAGCUCCCUGGUAACCCCAAUGCUGUCUGGACUGUCCGUCGGCACAUUGAAGAUGAGUUUGAUGCCUACAUCAUUGUGUCUUUCGUGAAUGCCACGCUGGUGCUGUCCAUCGGAGAGACUGUGGAAGAAGUGACGGACUCCGGGUUCUUGGGUACCACUCCAACCUUGUCCUGUUCCUUAUUGGGAGAUGACGCGUUGGUGCAGGUGUAUCCAGAUGGCAUUCGACACAUCCGCGCAGACAAGAGAGUCAAUGAGUGGAAGACUCCUGGCAAGAAGACAAUUGUGAAGUGUGCAGUGAACCAGCGACAAGUAGUGAUCGCCUUGACUGGGGGAGAGCUGGUCUAUUUCGAGAUGGAUCCUUCAGGACAGUUGAAUGAGUACACGGAGCGGAAAGAGAUGUCAGCAGAUGUGGUGUGCAUGAGUCUGGCCAACGUGCCCCCUGGAGAACAGCGGUCUCGGUUCCUGGCUGUGGGGCUGGUGGACAACACUGUCAGAAUCAUCUCCCUUGACCCAUCAGACUGUUUGCAGCCUCUGAGUAUGCAGGCUCUCCCAGCCCAGCCUGAGUCUCUGUGUAUUGUGGAAAUGGGUGGGACCGAGAAACAAGAUGAGCUGGGUGAGAGGGGCUCUAUUGGCUUCCUGUACCUGAACAUUGGACUCCAGAACGGUGUGCUGCUGAGAACUGUCCUAGACCCUGUUACUGGGGACCUGUCUGACACCCGCACUAGGUAUCUGGGGUCCCGUCCUGUGAAGCUCUUUCGGGUUCGGAUGCAAGGCCAGGAGGCUGUUCUGGCUAUGUCCAGUCGCUCGUGGCUGAGCUACUCUUACCAGUCUCGCUUCCAUCUCACCCCUCUGUCUUAUGAGACCCUGGAGUUUGCAUCGGGCUUUGCCUCUGAACAGUGUCCUGAAGGCAUCGUUGCCAUCUCCACCAACACUUUGAGGAUUUUGGCAUUAGAGAAGCUUGGCGCUGUCUUCAAUCAAGUGGCCUUUCCAUUGCAGUACACACCCAGGAAGUUUGUCAUCCACCCUGAGAGUAACAACCUUAUCAUCAUAGAGACGGAUCACAACGCCUACACUGAGGCUACAAAAGCUCAGAGAAAGCAGCAGAUGGCUGAGGAAAUGGUAGAAGCAGCAGGGGAGGAUGAACGGGAGCUGGCUGCAGAGAUGGCAGCCGCGUUCCUCAACGAAAACCUCCCAGAAUCCAUUUUCGGAGCUCCCAAGGCUGGCAACGGGCAGUGGGCCUCUGUGAUUCGGGUGAUGAACCCUAUCCAGGGGAAUACACUAGACCUUGUCCAGCUGGAGCAGAAUGAGGCAGCCUUUAGUGUGGCAGUUUGUAGGUUCUCUAACACUGGUGAAGACUGGUAUGUGCUGGUUGGUGUUGCCAAGGACUUGAUCCUGAGCCCUCGGUCUGUGGCAGGGGGCUUUGUGUAUACAUACAAGCUUGUGAACAAUGGGGAAAAGUUGGAGUUUUUGCACAAGACUCCAGUGGAAGAAGUCCCUGCUGCCAUUGCCCCAUUCCAGGGGAGGGUACUGAUUGGUGUGGGGAAGCUUUUACGAGUCUAUGACCUGGGGAAGAAGAAGUUACUUCGAAAGUGUGAGAAUAAGCAUAUUGCCAACUACAUAUCAGGGAUCCAGACAAUUGGUCACAGGGUAAUCGUGUCUGAUGUCCAGGAAAGUUUCAUCUGGGUUCGCUACAAGCGUAAUGAGAACCAGCUCAUUAUCUUUGCUGAUGACACCUAUCCCAGAUGGGUCACCACUGCCAGCCUUCUCGACUAUGAUACUGUGGCUGGGGCAGACAAGUUUGGCAACAUUUGUGUGGUGAGGCUCCCACCUAACACCAACGAUGAGGUGGAUGAAGAUCCCACUGGAAACAAAGCCCUGUGGGACCGGGGCUUGCUCAAUGGGGCUUCACAGAAGGCAGAGGUCAUCAUGAACUACCAUGUUGGGGAGACAGUGCUGUCAUUGCAGAAGACCACACUGAUCCCUGGAGGCUCAGAAUCACUUGUCUACACCACUUUAUCUGGAGGAAUUGGAAUCCUUGUCCCUUUCACGUCUCAUGAGGACCACGACUUUUUCCAGCAUGUUGAGAUGCACCUGCGGUCUGAGCAUCCUCCUCUCUGUGGACGGGACCACCUCAGCUUUCGUUCUUAUUAUUUCCCUGUUAAGAAUGUGAUUGAUGGAGACCUUUGUGAGCAGUUCAACUCCAUGGAGCCCAACAAGCAGAAAAAUGUCUCUGAAGAGCUGGACCGAACCCCACCUGAAGUGUCUAAGAAGCUUGAGGAUAUUCGGACCCGCUAUGCUUUCUGAAUCCGUCGUUGUCUGGGGCUCGCCAGAGAGUGCCUCUUGUUUCCAUCACUGGUGUCUGGCUCUUGCCACACAGCAGGAGAAAAGUGG